UACACGUGAGUGACUACUUUCCCCAUCCGACCUGCACAUAAGCUGCCGCCACCGUGUCUCUCCUCUUCAUCCACCUCGCGCGGAGUUCCGCAGCGGCGCAGCUCAAAAUUCCUGCCCUCUCGCCAUCAAAUCAUGCGAAGGAUUUGCUAAACAGGCCAUCCAUGUUUUCGUCAUCUGUCAGUGUCAGGUACUUGCAAAUUUUCUAGAAACCUUCUUUAGAGAUCCGACUAAUCCAUUCCGUCGAUCGAGUCCCGUCCGCUCCAUAUGGAAGAAGGCGGCCGCCAUGACCAUGACGCGGGCGACCGCAUCAGCAGCCUACCCGACGACCUCCUCUUCUCAAUCCUCCUCCGCAUCGGAUCCAUUCGCGCCGCCGCGCGCACCAGCGUGCUCUCCCGCCGCUGGCGCCACGUCUGGGCCCGCCUGCCCGAGCUCCGCCUCGGCACAUGCGACGAGCAGCCGGGGGCGACGUUCCUGGACUUCGUCGACGCCGUCCUCGACGCCUGCUCCGCCCCGGCCGUCCACCGCCUUGAGGUGGCCAUGUACUGCCAUGGCCUUCGAGUCCAUGCGUGCCGCCUCGUCCCGUGGCUACGCUUCGCCUCGCAGCGCCGGGUGGGGGAUAUCCAUAUCCAAGUGCCAUCCCAGAAGAAAUUCUUCUUGUCUAAGCCCAUCAAAGAGGAGCUCGAGCUUCCCGUGUGCGAUGGAGCGACGAGAAUCACCCUCUCGCUCGAGCGACGAUGGAGCCUCCGCCUCUGUCCGGCGGGCUCGUUCAUGUCGCUGACCGACCUGCACAUAAGCUGCGCCACCAUGGCAGGCAGCGAGCUUGGCAACCUUGUGUCCGAGCAGUGCCCGCUCCUGAGGAAUCUGUACCUUUUCGUCAGGCUGGCUGCUGCUUCCAACGUGUCCAUACACUCCAACUCGCUUCAGUCCCUCUCAUUCAACGUCCAAAACACCCAGAAGCUAGAAGUCAUGGCCCCUAAGCUUGAAGUGCUGGCCGUAUGUGAUGCCACUAAGGCACAUAUCUCUGCCCCAAAGCUCUCCGUGGUAAGUUGGGACAAUGACACUGGCUACAACCCUCUGUGCCACCACUUUGCCAAUGCUGCCCGUCACCUCCGCCUGCUACACUUGGGCUCAAAGUGUGUAUCCGCUUCCCUGAUGCGUCAAUUCGAUGAAGUUGAUGUGCUGAAGCUGAAGCUGAACCUCCUCAAUAUUAAGGGAACAGAGGCAUACACAAAUUUAUUGAAUGAAACGGCUGCACUACCCAAGUGUGAGGAAUUAAAGUUACGAGUGUCAUUAAGGGCUUCCCAACACAACUUUGCAUCAAUCAUGUUUCAUAUCUUAAGGAGCUGCAACAAUACAAGGAGGAUUUCGAUAAAGAUCGAUUCUAGCAUGGUGUAUCUUUGCCCAUCCUCUUGCUUUUGUCUCGGGCCGCAGAUUUUCAAGGCUGAUGGCAUUAUUCUCGAGUCCCUUGAAGAGGUGAAAAUUACUUUUAUUAGACAUUGCUAUGGACAAGUGCAGUUCGUGGAGGAGUUUGCCAGGUGCCAUGCACCAAGCCUGAAAAAGUUAGUCGUCAACUCACCAACCAAAGGGCUACAAGAGAUGGUCGGCGGAUUGUUUGAUCCGGAUGUCACUGUCAAAUGCAAUGUUAUCUAGCGCCAGAGGGGUGUGUCUUUGAAAAAGAUAAAUCUAUAUUUGAAAUUUACCAUAAACCAGCUCCACCAGGGAAUUCAGGAUCUACUAGUGAACUAUUUAGAUACACAAUAGCUUUAAAUCCAUAAAAUAUAAUAGGUUUUGGUUGGAAUGCCUUGUUUUGCUAUUGAGGUGAAUAUUUGUCACCGGCUAGUUCAUUUUUGAACUACACGUCGACAAAUAAAAAUGACAAAGGGAGUGUAUCUUUUUUUUUCCACAUA